AUGAAGCUCUGUGUUGUACUUUGUCUGGCAUUGUUUUGGGUGGAGCUCCAACAUGGCUCUUGUCAGCAAGCUAAGAGAAGAAAGGAUGCAGGUGAGAACCGCAUGAGAGUAGGAGGGAAACGGGGGAAAAUUCGUCACCCUAAACUGAAGGAAGGGGGCGGGAGAAGCCACAGUUUGCUCACACAGGUGUUGGAAAAGGGCCGUUUCUUGCGUCUGGGUCAGAGCACGAUUCUGACUCCCAGGGAUAAUAUAGAGCUCCGUUGCAAAGGGAGCAACAUCGGAUGGUCUUAUCCCUCUUACCUGGACACCUUCAAUGACUCUCGUCUCAGCAUCAUACAGAGCGACAAGUACAGCCAGCUCAUCCUGACGUCACCCUCAGCUGCCGACACUGGACAGUACAGCUGCUGGGUGGUGGUGUGUGAUGGUCGCGAUUGCCAAAAGGACCACGAACAUGUGUAUUCCUCCCAAAUCUAUUUUUCAGACAAGGACAACCUGUUUGUCCCGUCAGACAUACACUUCCAGAUUGUGUACCUACGUCCAGACAAGGCGGCUGUGGUGCCGUGUCGCGUGACCACACCACAGGCCAAAGUGUCGCUCCAUAGGGAAGUUCCACCUGAGGAGAUACUUUCCAAUGGCACCUUGGUGAACUAUGACCCAGCCAAAGGUUUUGUCCUGCAAAAGCCCGGCGUCGAGUAUCAGGGGGUGUUCUACUGCAGGGCUGUGACCAACGGAACACCACAAGUCUCCACUAAAUACCAGCUGCUGUAUGUGGAGGUGCCAAAUAGUCCACCAUUUGUCAGUCUGAAAUCUUCAUCUGAUCUGGUCAGUGGAGGUGACAACGUCAACGUCACCUGCAGUGUGAUAGGGGAGCCAGACGUCGACGUGAGUUUUACCUGGUCUUAUCCUGGAGAGGGCCGGCGUCCUGUUCAUGUCCAGACAUCAUGGAGGUUGGUGAAUCGAGGGCGAGGUCAAACGAUACGCAUAACACAAAGCGUACUCACUGUGGAGGACAUGGAAACCAUUGAUUUCGGAAAGUACAUCUGCAAAGCCAAAAAUCAGCAUGGCGAAACGCUUGUGAUGACCAGCAUCACGUCAAAAUAG